UUAUCAGCUUCUGAAACUGUUUCACUGCACUCUCAAAGAAGACUUCAUCAAAUUAAUGGCACUGCAAACUCUGAAGCUCCCCACAAUCUCUCGCAGUUGCAACACUUCAAGCUUGUUGUUCUUCUCCAACUCCAACUCCAUCUCUCAUACUCUUCUUGGAAGAUGGCUGAAAGGCCAAAGACAAAACCCCAUCAGAAGGUUUGCUGUUGCUAAGUCACAAAAGAUUCAAAUACCCAAAAAGAAAAGGAGGCUUGAUGAGGUUUGUCUUGAAAGGUUUCAGCAAUAUAGUCGAACUUACAUACAGUCUUGGAUUUUACAAGGUAAAGUUUUUGUAGAUGGAAAAGUGGUGAACAAAGCUGGAACACCAAUCUCUGAUAAGGCAAUUGUACAAAUAAAUGCUGAAGUGCCAAAAUACGUAUGUAGAGCAGGACAUAAGUUGGAAGCUGCCAUUGAGCAGCUGGAUGUUGAUGUCAAUGGAAAAGUAGCACUUGAUUCAGGACUGUCCACUGGAGGAUUCACUGACUGUCUACUUCAGUAUGGUGCAUCAUUUGUUUAUGGAGUUGAUGUAGGUUAUGGACAGGUAGCUGACAAAAUUCGCCGAAAUGAACAUGUUUGUGUAAUAGAACGAACAAACUUAAGAUACCUCUCUACACUCCCACAAAGAGUUAAUUUGGUGACUUUGGACCUUUCAUUCAUUUCUAUUCUCACGGUCAUGCCAGCGGUGGUAAAUUUGAUGACAGAAGAGGCAACUUUGGUUACCUUGGUCAAACCUCAAUUUGAAGCUCGCAGAUCACAAGUAGGAGGUGGUGGGAUUGUGAGAGAUCCUUUAGUCCAUCAGGAGGUUCUUGAAAAGAUCAUAAAGGGGGUAGAGAAUUUUGGAUUUCUAAGUAAAGGGUGGAUUGAGUCUCCUCUAAAAGGUGCAGAGGGUAAUACAGAAUUUCUAGUUUGCUUUAGACGGAUCACUAAGAAACAGGCAGAGGAAUAAACCAUUUAAGAAAUGAGCUUGGGUGCCGGGCUAUGAACCCCUUGAUUAGGGAUAUAUCAAAAUUCAAGAUUCUAUAUGCAGUGCAAUUGCAUUCAAUCAGGAGAAAGUUUUUGUUGCAUAUGAAUAUGAUUUGUAUAUUGCUCCUAUGUAUAAGUGAGCCAUUGUGAUUUUUUUCUCCCAAAGUUCAGAAGAAAACAAAUAGUUAAUACCACAGAAUUACUUGGGAGAAGUAGCCGCUAAUAUUCUGUUUGUUUCAUUUGUCUCCAUGUUUUUGACAUUUCCAGCAUACUUAAUCUGAAUUAUU